GCCUGUUUUCUUUAGAUAAUCUGAAGUAAAAAUGUUUUCUUAUCGCGUAUUUUGUCUUGCGGCUCUCUCUAAAGGGAUCACACGAAGCAGCACAACGUUUCUGACCAGAACAAACGUGUUAAAUAAACCACAGUCCUGCGGAUAUGCGAAGAAAGUGGUGGCUAAAGGAAAAGGCAAAGGCAUGGUCAAAGAGGAGCUGAAAGGACCAGAGGUGUGUAAAGACCCGAUCAGACUUACCUCACAUGCAGUUGGGGUCAACAUCUUUAAGCAAGGAGAAGAUCCCAAAAUAAAACCCACAGAAGAAUACCCGGAGUGGUUGUUCGACUUGAAUUUGGGAGAGGCCAAAAAGCUGGACGAACUGGAACCAGACAGCUGGGAUUAUUGGAACCGUCUACGGAAGGAAAACAUUUUGCGUUACAACAAACUGCAUAAAGGGAAGAAGUUUUAGCUCAAGUGUGGACUGAAUUACUGUGAACGUGAAGAGAGCGAAUAAUAAAGCUUUUAUUAAAAAAAA